AUGGCGUUAGUGUAUCAAGCGCACAAGGCUCGCGGUCUUUAUUAGCGUUUGCUAUUGUUUCAUUAGUGACAGUGCGGUUCUUCCGCAAAAUAAAUCGUGAUAUUUAACGCGAAUAUUGGAAGACAAUGACGAAAAAAGAAGACCAAUUCGAUGGAAUGUUGUUGGCGAUGGCUCAGCAACACGAAGGUGGUGUGCAAGACUUACUGGACACUAUCUUCAGCUUCCUGGCGAGGAAAACGGACUUUUAUACCGGCGGUGGCGAAGGAGCAGCUGAAAAGCUUCUCAACAAAAUAUUCAAGAAAUAUGAAGCCUCUGCAAUAGCUAAAGCUGCCUCUGACAAAGCUGAAAGAGCUGAGCAAGAGAAGCGGCGUAAGGAGAGGCUUGAGAAGAAAAAGAAGGAAGAUAAGGUCGAAGAAGUAAAGCUAGACGAUGACUCCAAAAUAGUUGAGUUAACAGAUGAACAAGCUGUUAAACUGCAAGAAGAAAUAGACAGCAAGAAAUUAGCAAAGGAAGCUACCACUACUGGACUUAAUAAUGAUACAAGUAACCACAAUAGCGAAGAUAAGAUUGAUGACGAUAAGAAGGCAGAUGGCUCAGAUGUUGAGGAAGAGGAGGAUGAGAAAGAGAAGAACAAGCUGAAGCCUAACAGUGGUAAUGGUGCAGACAUGCCAAACUACAGAUGGACACAGACUCUUGGGGAAGUAGAGAUUAAGUUACCGUUAAAGGUGAACUUUUCGGUACGACCCAGGGAUGUGGUAGUGACAAUCGCGAAGAAGCACCUGAGCUGCGGCCUGAAGGGCCAGUCGCCGAUCCUCGACGGCGAUUUCCCGCACGAGGUCAAACUCGAGGAGUCAACUUGGGUAAUCGAGGACGGGAAAGUGUUGCUGAUUAAUCUGGAAAAGGUGAAUAAGAUGCAAUGGUGGGCGCACGUGAUAACGAGCGAGCCGGAAAUCAGCACAAAGAAAGUGAACCCCGAACCGAGCAAACUGUCCGACCUCGACAUCGAGACGAGAGGUCUCGUGGAGAAGAUGAUGUACGAUCAGAGGCAGAAAGAGCUCGGACUGCCGACGUCCGACGAGCAGAAGAAGCAGGGCGUUAUCAAAAAAUUUAUGGAGCAGCAUCCCGAGAUGGACUUCUCUAAGUGCAAAUUUAAUUAACUCAGCCCGAGCACGAGUCAUCGUUCAAGGCGUUCACCACACUUAAAAUUCCGGAUGCCGCACCGUUGGGUACCGUUGCGUUCGCGUCUCGCUCUUUCGUGAUCGUGUAACGUCGUGCGCGAUCUCCCGCGCUCGACGUUCCGUACACCCGAAGGAAGAGGUCAACGCGAUUGCAACAUACACAUUGCGCUUGAAGGUUGCAGGAGAUGGCAGCACCAUGUUAGACCGCAGCACCAGCUACAGAGUUCUGCUGUCGAUUGCGAGACUACGAUUAAGAAUUCUCCAAUUUAUUUUCCUAUUUACCGUGCGUUUUCCUUUUGCUUUUUUGUACUUUAUCUAACUGUUAUCUUUCCAGAGGAGAGUACGGUCGUGCAUCGCACGCGAGAGUAAAUAUUCAACUUGUGCACUGUAUUUUAUCUACCAAGUAAGUCGACUGUAUCGAUCUAUUGAUAAAGAGAGAUGUAUAUUAGAAGCACACCGUAUUGACUUGAUUUAGUGGAUAAAGGUUGUAUAAACAUUUCUCUUUACGAGGUUAUAUUAUCAAUAAUAUCAAUCGGCGUGUAACAAAUAUCUGCUGCAAAGAAAUAAGUGAUAAUCAAAUCAUGUAUACGUAUGACAAACACGAUUAGUUAAUUUCUUGCAAAAAUUGUGCUUUAUUCCCCUCGAUCUCUCUUACACAAAACGCUACAAACUUGUCUCCGAUGAGAAUGUAGUGUGUCGUGUAACAACGUAACAAAAUGUAAUGGCAGAUCGCAGCGCAAUUAGCCUUACGUUUAGUGCUUUCAAACAUUUAGGACUGUAUUGAUAGUCGUCACUUGAAAUUUGCUUUAUAUGAGAUAUUUAGAUUUUUCCUCUGAUUUAGAUCCAAGUUUUUUCAAUUAAAUUUUGUGAUAUAUAUAAAUAUUGUGAUAUAUAUUAUGUCUGUAAUUGCGAUUCAACUGAAAAACUCUCCUCUAAUACUGCAAUUCUAGACAAAAUCGUAAAACUCGUAACUUGUUUUCGUAAGAUUCGUAAGAACUCAUGAGUAGAUCUGCAAUUCUAUGCAGACUGUAUGUUAUAUGAUAACUCAUAAAUAUCUACGAUUUUUUUUUGUUUUGUAAGCUAUGACUUUACGAUUUCACGAUUUAUUCGUAUAUUUGCUUAAAAUUACAGCAUAAGUCUGAACUCAAAUCUGAGUAUCUCAUUUGAAAGGAGUUUCAAGUAACGAUUAUUGAUAUAGACUUUAAUCUUUUAAAUUUUUUGAGAGAACCUCUUAAACUUUUACUUUCAGUAUGACAGAUCGAUCUUCUAUUUUUAUCCACGAUUUAUUCUCGUCGAAUACCUAGUUAAGAUUCCGGUUCUGCGUUGAACCGGAAUUCCGUUAAACUUUGGAAGAUCAACAAAAAUAAAAAACCUCGAGAUGAUACCAUAUAAA